GACCAGUACAUUGUAUGCUCGAGAGCCCCGGGCUGAAAAAAACCCUCUCAAAGCCCCAUCUCACUACGAUGGCCGUCGCUCCGAGUCCGAACCCUUCUUCCCUCUUCCUCUCAUCUCGAAACCCUAAUUCCCGCUCUUUCAAUUUAGCCCCUCACAAGCUCGUUUCUCGACCCAGAUCUCUCACUGCGAUGGCCACCCUCAGCGUCGCUCCCACUGUUGGGCUCUCCAAGACCUUCGAGCGUUUGAAGGAGCAAGGCAAAGUUGCCUUCAUUCCAUACAUUACUGCCGGUGAUCCUGACUUGUCAACUACCUCAAAGGCAUUAAAAGUUCUUGAUUCUUGUGGUUCAGACAUUAUAGAAUUGGGCAUGCCGUACUCUGAUCCUUUGGCAGAUGGACCAGUCAUCCAGGCUGCUGCAACACGUGCCUUAGCAAAGGGAACCAACUUUGAUGCUAUCAUUACCAUGUUAAAGGAGCAGGCAAUUCCUCAAAUAUCCUGUCCAAUUGCUUUGUUUACAUAUUAUAACCCAAUUUUGAAGCGUGGAGUUGAGAAGUUUAUGUCUACUAUUGAAGAUGUUGGUGUGCAUGGACUUGUGGUGCCUGAUGUUCCUCUAGAGGAGACUGAGAUUUUAAGAAAUGAAGCUGCUAAACACAAUAUUGAACUAGUUCUUCUUACGACUCCCACCACUCCGACAGAAAGAAUGAAAGACAUUGUAAAAGCUUCAGAAGGAUUUCUAUACCUAGUGAGUUCAAUUGGAGUUACUGGUGCUCGUUCAUCUGUUAGCUCACGAGUGCAAUCUCUUCUAAAGGAAAUUAAAGAGGCAACAACAAAGCCAGUUGCUGUCGGUUUUGGCAUAUCAAAACCAGAACAUGUGAAACAGGUAGCAGGAUGGGGAGCUGAUGGCGUGAUUGUCGGUAGUGCCAUGGUGAAAAUUUUAGGAGAAGCCGAGUCCCCCGAAGAGGGAUUGAAAGAGCUGGAAACUUUCACAAAGUCCUUAGUAGAGGCUCUCCCUUGAGACAUUAUUGCCUAUUGCUUUCUUCGUUGAUAGACGAUAGCAGGCGUUUGAUCAUUUAUCAGUUGAGCUCGGUCUCUGAGAGGAAAUGAUUGGUAAUUGUAUACCCCAGUAUUUCUGUGAUAAUGGAUGUGAAAGUUGCAGGAGAGAAGUGUUUGCUAUUUUUGCUGAGCUUUGUGUAAUUUUAAAGGUCUGUUGACUGAAAGUUGAAAUGGUCACAAACUCUCACAGGAUAUGCAAUAAAGCACAAGGGUUCCAUCUU